ACUAAACCUCUCCAGGGUAAGCAAAAAACAAAGCAGGGCGUCAUUUGCUAAAACCCUGCUCCACCUCAACGUCCACAGGUUAAGGAAGAGGCAGUAGGAGAAGGAUAUCAACCACCACGAUUGGAGAUGGUGGAAGUUUGGUGGUCACUCUUGGGGGCUGCCAUUCCUGCAGUUAUUGCAGGGCAAGCUUUCAGAAUGAAGAAGUGGCGUGCCGAAGAGCAGAGACUCAAGAGUGCUAGGGGAAGGGAGAAGAAUUCUGAUGAAAUCUUUGUCUGUGAGAGGGUCUGUACAUCCAAGAGAAUGCUGAAAAAAGUUGGGUCAUUCUCAAAGGACCCAAUUCCUGAUACUUGUGUUACUGUCUGUGGCGUAUCUGAGCUGGAUGCCUGCUCUGACGCUUGUCUUCGCACCGUUUGCGUCAACCAGCACCAAGUGCCCAACUGGAAUGACAUUUGCCUUCGUAGAUGUCAGAGUGAAUGUCUUAAACUCUCAGCUUCUCGUUCCUCUUAAUGCAUUUUAUUUCAAAUGACUGUUGCAUUGCUUGACUGACAUUUCAUUUCAUCAUUGUAAUCUGUCUCUAAGAUAAGUGUUUUGUGGACAACACUUUUUUUGCGUGGUUCAGGUACAGAAAUUAUCAAAAUACCAUUAAUGAAUAAACAUGGAGGGAGUUUUGUAAAGCGUGUUAUGAUAAUUUUGGUACUCAAACUGCAUAAAAAAGUGCAGUCCAUAAUGAAAAACACACUUCUGUUCUUUUUAAUAUGCUUUUGGUGACUUGUCUCGAUGAAACAUGUCUUGGAGCAGGAAUCAGUUAUAUGAUGAAUUGCAAAUUUUUAGUAUCUUGAUGCUGCAUUAGAUUCAUGAACAUAUAAUGGUUUUCACAACUCUUGCUUGCACACUUGAAUUCUAGUUUGAUACUUAUGUUGCUAUCUUGAAUUUAAUGGUCUCUCUUCAGAUCUGCAGAUUAUUUUGUUCCAUCCCGUGAUGAAAUUAACUCAACUUAAUGAA